GUGCUUGGCAACUUCCUCAACUCCUUUCCGGUAGUCUGGCAGCUGGGCCCAAAGACCGAGACAGAGGUCUACGAGGACUAUCUUCUCUGGCGAUGGUCACAGUUCGGACUCCCUGGAGCUGCCCCAACCGGAGCUGGAGCAGUGGCUCAGAUCCGGCUGGCUAUGAUGGCUCAGGGGGACAGCGCAGAAGUCCUGAAGCA